AGUUAGAUAAAAUUGCUCUUAGUUGUAUGUUUACUCGUGUAUGGACCAGCAUCACCUCUAUUGGCCGAUCUGGUCACAUGGUUCGCUAACUUUAUUCAGUUGACACCAAGUAGGAGGGCUUUAUGGAGGGAGGAAAAAAAGACAACUCGAGAAAAAUUAGUAUUUUCUACCUUCAGAAAUUAAUGGCCAUGAGUUCGUAUAUGGUGAACUCUAAGUAUGUGGAUCCGAAAUUUCCUCCCUGCGAGGAAUAUUCACAAAAUAACUAUAUACCUGAGCAGGGCUCGGUGUAUUACAGUCCAUCGCAGGACACUGACUUUCAGCAUCCAGGGAUCUACCCACGGUCAAACUAUACGGAGCAGCCCUUCAGCUGCAACACUGUGCAGGACUCCACAGUGCAGCCACGGGGUCAUGUGCACGAGAGAUCCGGCCACUCGAGCCCUUUUAGCGCACAGACUGAGCAGGGGCCCCCGGUCCAAGCGGCCGGACCCCGGACUUGUGGACAGCAGCAAAACACAAAGAGCCAAAAUGGGAUACAAGCCAAGCAGCCUGCAGUAGUUUACCCCUGGAUGAAGAAAGUCCACGUAACUACUGUGAACCCAGAUUACACAGGAUCUGAGCCCAAACGGUCCAGAACAGCUUACACCCGGCAGCAGGUUUUGGAGCUUGAAAAGGAGUUUCAUUUUAACAGGUAUCUGACCAGGCGGCGGCGGAUUGAGAUUGCCCAUACUCUUUGUCUCUCCGAAAGGCAGAUCAAAAUCUGGUUUCAGAACAGACGGAUGAAAUGGAAGAAAGAUCACAAACUACCCAACACCAAGGGCAGAUCUGCACCAACCUCCAGCCAUCUGCAAAACAUUCAGAAGGAUAACCAGACUGAUAUCACAGCAUUAUAAGAGAGGGGGGGUGUUAUGUCUUUAGAAAUUAACUGUACAUAAAGAAGACAAAGGUUGCAUCUGACUUUUGCAUGGACUGAUGUCGUUUUUAGUCUUUUUUUUUUUUUUUAAUUUAACAAAAAUGACCCCAGCAGUGUUGACUCAAACCCGAGUCAGAAAAUCAAUCAGUCUUUGUAACUGAGAGGUUUGCAAGUUUAGCCUCUUCCUCGUUUUAAUUUCCUCAGAGAGACACAAAUACAUCGAAACUUUUUUCCCCUCAUUUUUUAAAUUUUAUUUUUAUUUUUUAUUUUUUUCUGGACGUUUCACCCCUGAGGACAUUUUAAUGAGAAACCUCGGCUGAUUUCAUGGAUUUAAACAAAGUGUCUCUGCUCUCCUCACGUGGAUUCACGCUGGUUUAAAGAUUGAACCAUCUUUAUUCAGAACAGGGAAGCCCUUCGUUCAAAUUACACACACACACACACACACAAAGGUUAUUUCAGUUUUUCUCCUGUCGAAACUUCACACUGAACGCACAAUAACUAAAUAUAUACAUAUAUAUAAAUAUAUACUUGAAGCAAACAUUAUUUGCAUAGAGGCACGCCAAACACGUCUCAGCCUACUUUCGUAAAUUGCAAAAAAAAAAAAUUCCCGCUGAAUAUUUCAGUAACACGUUUCUUUGUGACUUGUAUGUUUUUAACUUAUUUUGUACAAUAAAGCUUUGAAAUUUUCUUAGCCUAAAUAUUAUUCCCAAAAGCAAGACAUUCCUGUGUGCAUACUAUUCUGAGUGCCCUUAUAAAUCUCUCCUGACAUCUUUGUAAACAGUGUACAUUUUCAGAGGCUCUCUCAUGCCAUUUGAAACCCUUACAUGAAAGAUCAUUUGUUCCUGCAUGGCAGCGAAUUGAUAUUGGAUGUUUCUCAUCGGAAAUAAUCAAAUCCAGAAUAUUUAGGAUUAUAAUUUUUAUUUUUCUUGAUAUGAUUUUUUUACGUCAUUAUUUAUUUGUUUAAAAAAACGUGUAAAUUUUCGUAUAGCACACAUACAGUUUUUAUUAAAAAUAUUCGUUGAACUUUAAUCUAAAAUAUGUUUGAACACUUGUGCAUUAUUAGCAUGGCUUUAUGCAAAGAUUUAGUCUUAGUUAAUGUGGGAAUAUUAUAGUUUUUUUUUUCCCCCCAUUUACACCAGGAUAACCGAGGGGGGGCUUUCACGUCACGUUUCAAGACAGAUAUUUCUUGUUUUAAACCGUCAUUGUCUUCGGACAAAAAAAAAGAAAGAAAGAAAAAGCCCAGAAGCUCUCCCAGUACGAGGAGGUCUUCUCUCUGAAGUCUUCACGAUGAGAGAGUUGAAAAGGUAUUUCAACCGAAGGUCGACAAAGCAGCAGUGGCAGGUUCAUCCAGGGGACACAUUUCAGCCGCAAGGACUGACCCCAACACCCCUGACCCGCCGGACAAGCAGCAUUUUCUCUCCCAGGCGCUAUUCGCCUUGGUUUGGAGGGCUUUUCCACAGUUAAAAGGCUCAAAGAAUUCAAAGUAAGAGUCAGUGCGUGAAUUCCACAGUUUUACACGUUUUAACAGUAUUUAUAUCAGGCCAGCCCAAAAAAAGGUUCAGAUUUGAGCAUUUGUCUCCUCACGUCAAUAAUGCAGUCUUUUUGGUUUUUAUUUUUGUACAUGCUUUCUACCUUGUAUUGUGCAUUGAGAUGUGAGAAGUAUAUUGGACAAAAAAAUAAAGAUUUCUACUGAUUAUGCA